CUUUGAAUUGAUAAAUCGAAAAGAAACCACCAAAUGGAAGACCACGGAGAUCUGCAGUCCUUGCUUUUGGCAACCAAAACAGGAAAGGAAAUUUCUGAAUAUCACAUUAAAUUGCUGCAAAAACAAAAUAUUCGAACGGUGGAAGAGUUCGUGCAUGCAGAAAAGCUGCACACGAGACUCGCGCUGAGCAACGAUAAAACGGAGCAAAUUAAGCGGGAGAUCUUGGAUUUGUGUGUGCGCAGGAUUAAGUUUAAAGCAAUCUAUAAAUGCGAACCCAUAACCUACUCCACAGGCAUAGAAGAAUUGGAUAACCUCUUGGAUGCGAUUGGUCAGCCUUUGCGGCCUGGUCGUGUUUGGGAGCUCGUUGGGGAAAAUGAUGUGGGAAAAACCGAACUGCUACACACGCUGGCUGUGAAUUUCGUUUGUAAACAUGAUGACAACCAACAGGUGCUGUUUGUGGACACCAAUUUGGACUUUGAUAGCGAACGUCUAGAUGAGAUCCUGCGGGAGAAGCAGCUAACUGACGAAGCUAUAGAUAACUACUUAGAUAGGAUUAGUGUGAUUAAAGCAUGCACGGCAGAAGCUUUGCUGGCAGCUCUUCAAGAACUGCUCAGAAGGCUAACAAGCUCUAAGGGAAGCUCUGAGAGUGUCUCGGACAUAAAGCUGAUCCUCAUAGAUUCCCUGACAGCUUGUUAUAUUCUAUAUCGCAGCAGCUAUGACCGGAAUAAGGGACGCAGCUUUCUAUCAGAGCUGACCGUGGUUAUACGCAAGCUAGCUGUGGAGCAUGGCAUGGCUUUUAUCAUUAGCAAUGCGACAUUUAGUUUGGAUGAAGAAUCAGCUGCAGAUGAUGAUGAGCAGGAGUUGAGCCAUAUAGGAGCUGUGAAUCCAGAGGAUUGCAACUACUUGGGGGACUACUGGAGCUCCGUUUGUACACUCAUCUUGUCGCUGGAGCUGCCAGAGGAUUCUGUACAGGAGAAUGAUCUGCGUGUGCUUAAAGUGCUUAGUAAUAGCUGUGGCAUCGGCGAGGGCAGCUGUUGGUUGCGCCUGACGGAUGCUGGCAUCAUUUGAAACCUAUUUAACGUCU